GCAGAAGUAUAAAUGUGGGGCUAGUUGGAGGUGAGUAGUACCCAUCAACACACUCAAUAAUUCACCAGAUCGCUAGAUCAUAAGGUUAUACCGCUGCAGCAUGCUUUCCUCCUUUAAAUCCUUUUUUACUUCAUCGGCCUCAAAAGAACAGGUUGGCCCAGUAUCACCAGCAAUUCUAAUUACUACUGAAACUGGCGAAUCAUCCAGUGAACUGGUUGAACCCAGCUCCACCAAUAGGACACCAUCAUUUGAACGUCCCAUGCCGGCUCAGUCCAACCCCACCUUGAUGACUGCUCCUAGUAAUGACUGGCGCCCAUCCGAGGCUUCAACCAAUACAGCUAGUCCCGCGGACUCCGCCUGGACUUCUUCAUCCCAGCAGACUACCUCGAAUGCUCCUUCCGCAGCGCCACCCACGGUUCAGGACAGUCCUCGUGCACAGCCGUCUCACGACAUAAAUUGCAUGGUGUUCGACUCAAACUCGUACGUUGGGUCACCCACAUUCAACAUGGACUCGGAGGAUGCGACUGGAGCAACAUUUUCAUUUCCUGAGCACGGGUUUCGACCACAGCGACCACCGUCCGCAAGAGUUUACCUGCCGCAAACAAGUCACGCCGUGAGGCGUGAGGGUGUCAUGUAUUUCGGCCCUGGCUCAGAUGUGGGUAGCCCGACCUUCAACAUCCGGUCCGCGCGUGCUUCUGGUACUGUGGAACAAGUCGUUCCUAGUCGCUCAUAAGCCUAAUGCCUGGGAACGCUAGCAUGAAGAGUAUUAUAGUAGCUGGAAAUGGACUAGCGACCGCUAUGUUAGCAGUUCUGGAUAUGAUAUUAAUUGC